AUGCACACCGAAAUCGAUUUUUCAGCUGUUCCAGGGACAUCCCAUUUGGUCGAUCUGGACCACUCAGAGCAGGCCGUGGCAGAGACCAAAGAAGGGAUCGUCUUGAUCCCUACACCUUCAGAUGACCCAAACGACCCGCUCAAUUGGUCCAGGAACCGAAAAUGGCUCAACAUGUUUUGCAUCAUUGUCUACGUUUUUGGAGGAUGUAUUCCAGCUUGCUGUAUCUAUUCGAUUCUCACUGAUAUAUCUGCCGAACCAGAGAUCAACAUCACCACCAGUCAAUUGAAUGCCGGCACUGGCUAUUGGUUCCUUUUCCUUGGGAUUGGAGGUCUGUUUAUGAUGCCUCUGGCCCAACAGUACGGAAAAAGACCGACGUACAUUCUCACGCUCCUUGCUACCGUUAUGUUCAAUCUGUGGCAGCCGUACAUCACCACCAACGGGCAAUGGAUUGCAUCCAAGAUCCUGGCUGGAUUUUUCUAUGCUCCCGUUGAGUCUCUCCCAGAAGUCACCGUUGGAGAUCUUUUCUUUGAGCACGAAAGAGCCACGUAUAUGGGGGUGUACAGUGCUGCACUUUUUGGUUCCAACUACAUGGCUCCGAUGCUUGCUGGCUUCGUGAGAGACGGACUGGGAUGGAAAUGGGUUAUUUGGCUUUCGUGUAUCUUCGGAGGUGUCUGUGUUGUUUUCAUUGCUAUUUUCAUGGAGGAAACUAACUACACCAGAAAACUGCGGGUCAGAAGAGACUCAGACGGCAACAUUGUUUCCACAAUCACCAGCCACGGUGAAAAAAAGCCUUCUGACCUUGUCAACGUUACGUCAGCAGAAGCCAACCAGGCCAACUUGAUUGAGGACGACUCCAUCGACUACCCACCAGUCAAGACUUUCUGGCAGCGACUUUCCAUCACAUCGGGUGCCAAGAAGGAAAAUCAUUUGUACGACUACUUCAAGGCCAUUAUUCUCAUGUUCCAAUUCCCAAGUGUGCUCUAUGCCGGAUUUCUUUACGGAGCUGCUUUAUUUUGGUACUCUGUCUUGAACGGAACAGAAGCUCUGGUGCUCGGAGCAGAACCCUACAACUUCUCGUCUGCCAUGUGCGGUCUAGCUUACCUUUCGGCCGUCAUCUUCUGUUUGAUCAUCUAUCCAUACGCUGGCUGGUCCACCGACUGGAUCAAGAUCAAGAUCGCCAAGAGACAUAACGGACUUUCUCAGGCAGAAGACAGAUUCUGGGUGCUCCCGGUGUACAUGAUUUUGGGUCCUGCUGCGCUGAUUCUCUGGGGAGUUGGUGCUGCACAUGGAAUCCAUUGGUUUGGCGUGGUGGUUGGUUUAGGACUUAUGGCUGGACUUUGUACCAUUGGAUGUGUCUGUGCCGUUACCUAUGUGUUGGACUGCUACGAACACAUGAUUGGCCCAGCCAUUGUGGCUGCCAUUUUGAUCAGAAACACGAUGAACUUUGCUAUGGAUUACGGUAUCACGCCGUUCAUCACUAACGUGGGUAUUCAGAACUGUUUUAUUGCCUCGGCAUUCAUCUGUUUGUUCUGCGUGGGAACCUUCAUCGUCAUGAUCUUCACUGGCUACUACUGGAGAAACAGAACCAAAGAAAGAUACUGGAGAAUCGUGCAACAGUACAGAGAAAAGGGACUGAUAAGUUGA